AUGCGUUUCGCCAUUCUCUUGGCCCUGGUAUCUGACUACGGAGACUACGAGUACGUCGGUAACAUCACUAUCGGCACACCCAGCCAGCAGUUUGUCGUUGUGCUCGACACCGGCUCAGCCAACCUCUGGAUACCGGAAACCGCUUGCGAUACAUCUUGCAACAAGAAGCAUAAGUUCGUGUCUACGUCUUCGUCCACAUUCGUGAAGAGCACAAAGACCUGGACGAUCCAGUAUGGUUCUGGAGAUGCCAAGGGAGUGCUAGGAACUGAUACCGUUAAGUUCGGUGGAGCUAAGGAACAGCAGCUGUCUGUGCCAAAAACCACCUUCGGACUGGCUACACACAUCUCGGCAGACUUCAAGAAUGACCCAACUGACGGUAUCCUUGGACUUGCCUUCACAUCUCUUGCCGUCGACAAGGUUGUACCUCCGCUUAUCAACGCUAUCGACCAGAGUGAGCUUUACUCUCAUUUUCUGACAAAGUUCUUCUGA